AUGGUGCAUUUCACUCGUUCACUGUUUCUCUUCUUCGGCACCAUUUAUGCUGUGAGCGGUAGACCUGAGCCGCAACCUCGCGGUUACAAGUCCGAUGUCUGUCAAUCUGGUCAAUACUCAAAGUACUCUCCUCUGGCUCACUAUGGACCGGCGAAAGACUACUGCAGCAAAACUUUUCCGACAGUGAAGCACCGAGUCAACUACAGGAGGGCUGCAGAUGCUGAGCCAGCCUACCGGGCCACGACCACCAGCUGUGCGCCUGCUAAGCCAACCCAAUGCUCGGGAAAGCCUGAGAAAUGCCUUCUGUCUUCCAUCAAGAAUGGGCCAAAACACGUUGCUAAGACAGCUUGCUCUUGCAUAACCAAGACGACCCCAGCACCUGGAUAUCCCAAGACCACUGUACAGCUCGACAAGCACCUCGCAAAUAAAGGACUCUACGACCACGUCCGCUUCUUCCACGAGCAUCUCCACUACAGCAUCUUCGUCGUCCACGAUUACGUCCACAUCGACUUCUGCGUCCUCCACGAGCAAUUCCGUGACUACAUCGUCCUCCUCCACCACGAGCACUUCCACGACAAGCACUUCCGCAGCAACGCCCUCCUCCACGACCACUUCCGGAUCGACUUCCACCUCCUCUUCGAGCACAUCAACGGCUUCUGCUUCGACAACAAGCAUGACCACAACCUCUGCUUCCUCGACGACUUCCUCCGCAACUACAUCUACCACGACAACCGCUCCGGCUCCUCCCUCAAUGUGCACAAACGGCAACCUUCAACAGACGGGAUUCUGCGGUUGCAAUUACGAAGUCAUUUGCAGCGCGACCGGAGGAGGAAACCCGCCAGUCUAUGGAAUAUACAACUCUCUAGCAGAGUGCUUGCGCGACCUUGA